AAACGCUCACAUAAGAAAUUAUUGUGUUCCUACGUUUUUGUAAACAUUUUUGAUUGAUUUUUUCUUGAGUGAAAGCAAGAAAGAAAAAGAUAAAUUAAUUUAUUACAAAAAAUGAAGUUUGUGAUACUGUGUACUUUUCUUAUGACAUCAGCCGUGUCAAGCGAAUUGACUACAAUAAGCUAUUGCAAUUGGGUUGUCACAAAUACAACUUUGAAGUAUGAGAAUGGGACAAAAUACAUCGAAACAAAUCUGAUUCAUAACAAAAUCUCUGGAUGUUCCAAUCAAAAUAUUUUCGAGCCAGAUGAUCAAAGAAUAUAUAAGACACAUAUUGCAAUAACCGAUUGUGACAAAAACGGCAGUUCUUGUGGAGACUCAGAAGCAUCGAUUGAAAAUGUUAAUUGCGAGGAUUUCUCAGAAUCAGAAAAUAAUCCUUGUACGGUUGCAAAGAGCAUGCAUAUAUAAGGUGUCUCACUUUAAUUUUUUCAUUGAGGUUUUUUGAACACCAAGGUUUCUAGAAAUAUUUCAUACAAAAAGUGUAGAAUUUCAAAGGAGACGUCUUGUCAUUAACAGAGUAGAAGCAUUUUCAAGUAAAGACAUUUUUCAGGUGGAGACAGUAAAACCAUAAAUUUUCUUAUUUUAAUCGAUUCCUUAUAAUAUUUGACCUAAAAAAUUACUAAUAGAAUAGUCGAAAAAAAUGAAUGAUUUACGAAAUAUUUUAUGGUUCAUUCUGACACAUUUCAACUUAAAAUAUGAAAUAUAUCUCAUAACAUGCUCAUUUUUCCAUCAUUUUAUCUCAAUAAUUUUCUACGUAGAAAUAGAUCAAUUGAUGUAAAAAAUAUAUAAUUAUUUUUUCAAAAUAGUAUACGCAAUUGUAAAUUGCAAUUUUGUUUUAAUCAAGAAUAUAUUUUUUCAUACACCAAUUGAUCUAUCUGUCACAUUAAUCUGUGCAUAACGAAAAAAAUUUGCACGUAAACCAUUCAUUUAUCGACUAUUCCCCCUCAAAAUCCUACAAUUUUUGUAUAUAAAACAUUUUUCAAUGGAAGUUUCAGUUCUUUUUUGAGGCAUCUCAAUGCAAAAGUAAAAAUGGGACACUCUAUUGUAUAUGUAUAUACAUACGCGUUAAAUUUUUUAACCGCGUUUUCAAAUUUACACCAUUACACGUUUCUGUACAAUCGGGAAAUAGAAAAAAAGUUACGCACUCUCUUUCUGUAAAGUUGCAUGCAUAUAGAGUUCACUUUUUCAAUUUCGCUGAAUAUUACCGUAUACGCGACUUCCGACUGGGCGACGUCACGUCGAGAAGAGGGGGUUGGGGAGAAGGGGGCUGCGACUAACUGUCAACGCUGCAUUUACAUGCAUACAUUCUGAUCCUGUCCUCGCGCGUUGCAUAUGCCGUCGUGUUAACACACGAACAAUCGGGUGUACAACGAAAUUUACGCGCGUGCGCUUAAUGCGCUCGAGUGAGAGGAAACUAGCGUGAAAAGCUGUUUGCUGAGUCCUAUUGUUGAAGACACACGGCACCAUAUACGUAUUAAAUAUUACACAAUGCCGCAGAUGUAACGCGUACUAAUCACGAAAUCGUUCAGAAAGGCAACUGCGUUUCCAUAAUGCCCGUAAUGUAAAGGUUGCUCUUAUAUUAUCGCAUAUAUCAUUUUUAAUUAAUAAAUGCGUUCUGUUUUC